AUGGGUCCGCGCAGCGCGGACGCGUGGGCCCGGGUGCUGGCGGCGCUGCGGGCCAGCCCGGCCGCCUUCGUGGCCAGGGCCGGGGCAGAGGCUCUGGCCGCCGAGCUGCUGAGCGAGCUGCGCAGCGAGAGGCUGAGCGAGCCCACCAAGGUCUCUCUGCUGGCAGCGAUCCUGGAGUUCCCCACGCAGCUGUGGCCUGACCCCACCGCAGCCGAGGCAGCGGUCUCUGCGCUGCUGGACACGCUGGCCCUCCUGCCCCCGCGGCCCGCGGCCCUCCGCCGGCCCCUGCUGCUGGCCGCCACUAGCGUCCUGGCGUCCUGCGGGGCCCUGGCUCCGGCGUCGGCAGCUACGUCCCGCCUGCUGUGCGUGCUGCUGCGGGCGGCCGCAGGCCGGGCCGCGGGCCCCGAGCAGCGAGCCGUGCGGGCCACCGCGUGCGAGUGCCUCCGGGAGCUGGAGAGCUGUCACCCAGGGCUGCUGGCCGGCCAGCUGGGGCUGCUGCGGGCCCUGCAGGACACCCUGGGUACCCAAGCCCACUGCCUGCUCUUUGUGCUAACUCUGCGCGACGCCCUCGGAGCCCUGGCCCGCGCGGGCCCCGGGGCCCCAGCGGGGCUGCACGGGCUGCUGGCGGCCAGAACCGACAGCCCCCGGGGUGGAGAGACCCAGGCCUGUGACCGGAGCCCGGACUCCCCGGGAGCCCAGUGGCCGGGGCCGUGGGACUGGAGCCUGGCCGGGGAGGACGUCCGGGAUCCGGCAGCGCCUGUAGGCCGGGAAGGGGGCAGGCCAGAGCCCAGCGCUGGCCCCUUGGAUCUCACCCCGCCCGAGGCCAGGGAGCUGCGGGCCGCGGUGUCCCAGCUGCUGGACGCCUCCUACCUGCUGACCCCGCCGGCCCAGGCCCAGAUGCUGCAGCAGCUGAGCCAGGUGCUGAGGACCGUUCGCGGUCAGCCCCCUGCCCUCCUGAAGCCGCAGCUGGUGCGGCUGCUGGGCACAGCCAGGGUCUCCCUGCUGCACGCCGUGCUGGCCUCAAAGGAUGCUUUCGGGGAGGCCCUCUUCACGGCCCAGGACGAAGCUCUGCUGCUCCGGAGGCUGGUGGGCGCUGCCCAGCACCCAGCCCUGCCGUCCCCUGCCCGCCUCUUCUGCCUCCACUGCCUCCUGCACUUCCCUGAGAACUGGCCCUUGGGGCCCGCCGGGGAGGAGGGCACCCCGGUUCUGCUCACACCCAGCCUGGCCACAGGUCUUCUGCCCAGUCUGCUGCAGGACCCCCCCGAUCUCCUAGCCCGGCUUCAUCUUCUGUGUCUCCUGUGCGGGGAGGAGCUCGGUGCCGACGGGCGCAGGGACUGCCAGGGCACAGAGGACCAGGUCCUGCUUUACCUCCAGGGGCUGCUGGCCAGCCUGAGGCAGGGGGCAGCUCAGCCAGGGGCCCCCCGGAGUUCAGUCACCCUCUGUUUCCGGGCCUCCUACCUGGCUACUCGCUGCUUAGCCAGUCACCCAGGGGCCCUGGCUCAGCUCACAAAGGGCCUGGCAGAGCUGUACCAAGCCCGGCCCUGCCUGGCCCCCCAUUUUGUUGACCUUCUAGAGCAGGCAGGAGAGGUGCUGGCAGAGCCCCUGGGCAAAGCCCUGCAGCAGGUGGCAGUGGCUGGGGCCGGUGGGGCCCAAGCCCUUCAGUGGCAUUUGCAGAUUCUCACCAAGGUGGCUGGAGGCCAACCCUUGGGCCCCACACUGGGCUUCCUGUGGGCAGCCCUAGGCCAGGGUGGGGACUGGGCCUGGGAGCAGGCCCUUCUUGGGGCCUGCCGGGCCCUCCUAAGGGGGACAGACCUCAGUGGGGCCGGCCCCCGGAACCUGGCCAAUCUGCUGCAGGAGCUGGCCCGGGGCCUGGAUGACCCCGACAGCCGAGAUCGGGGCCGUCUCUAUUACAGCCUGUUUACCCACCUGUCGGGGUCCAAGCUGGGCUCAGCCCUGGGCCCCACACGCUCCACACCCAUGCUGGGCUCUUCCCUGGUGGAGGAGAAUGAGGGCUUUGCCUCAGCUCUGACUGUCCAGGAGGCCCAGGCCCCACUGCAGCUGAGGCGGGUUCCCCAGCAGGCCAAGGAGCCCCCCGUGAUCCUGGGCCUCACAGUGGAAGCCUCUGAGAUCCUCUACUCACUGGAGCUCCGCUUCCGCGUCCUGGGGCCACACUAUGAGCCACUGGAGGCCGUGCAGGUCCCUUGCCUUCGCCCUGGUGCCUCCCCCAAGCUUCUGCUCCUUCCCCUGGAGCCCCGGCGUCCCUACCCGACCCUCCUGGACGUCAGCGUCCUCUACGCCACCCCCGGUGGCCUCACCUGCUACGCACAGCUGCCCAGCCUUCCCAUAGCUUUUGCUGACCUCUUUCUGCCUUUGCCGCCACCUUCUCCAGAGGUGACCCACCCUCCGACCUUCCAGGAGCUCUGGGCCUCCUGCCUUCCUGGGGGAGCGGAGAGUUGCAUGUGGGGCCCUUGGCAAGGUCAGGCACUAGAGACUCUGGUGACCAAGCAUUGGGAGCCUUUUGUCAUGUCUGCCACCCCCCCCACCAGUUACCGGGUGGCCAUCCGGCUCCCCCCCAGCUCUCAGCUGUUGCUGCAACUGGAGGCUGCUGGGGAGGAUGGGGUAAGGGUGGCCCUGAGGACUGAUGAUUGGGCCAUACUGCCUCUGGCUGGGGAAUAUCUCCGAGGCUUGGGGGCUACUCUCUGAGGAGGGAGGGUGAUCCUUGCUGGAAGACACUGGUUUGGGGAGGACAGGGGCAGGGCCAGGGGGAGGUUGGGACCCCUGCAGCUCAUUCCCUCUGUUCAUAAAGGCUUGCUUAUUGGUGAAGAGUCCACAGUUUUGUUUUUUUUUUUCUCUACUAAAAGAGGGGUGGGUGUGGGGCUGACACAGUGUUGAGGGACCCAGCAGGCAAAUGUUUACUGAGCGUUGAGUCUAGUAAUCCUUCACUUAGGUGGCACAGCUGGCCAUGUUUUAACAAUCUCGGCUCUCUCGGAGAUCACAGGAGCAUAGGUUUGGAGCUGAAAGGGUUCGAGAGAGAUGGUCUAUUACAAGAAACACCCCGAGAGGGGAAGUGUCUUGCCCAUUGUCACCCAGCUUCCAAGGCCAUGCCCCCUUUCCAUGACCUCAUGCUGCCUCCCUAAAUGUGGGAGUCAAGGGCAGGAGCACGGGAUGAGGGAGAGCCCUAGUGGGCAGUCCUGAAGGGGAGCUUCCAGCCAGGAGGGCAGACCGCCCCCAAGCAGAGGAAAAGGAUCCCCACAGCUCCGGUUUGCCCCAGGAAGGAAGCAGCUUUCCCCCACGUCCCACGGGAGAAGUCUCAGCAGCCUUCCCUGGGACCAGGCCUUGUGUGAACGGAUGCCAAGUGAAGUGAGCAGAACCAGCGAACGAUUUAGACGGUACCAGCAUCGCAAAGGCAAACCGAGGAACGUUGGCCCCGGCAGACUCGGGACAAAUCAGACUGCCCACUUGCUACGGGAGGGAUACUUGGGGUGCAGAGGGGCCUUUUUUUUAACUUGGCCAACGGGAUUAUUUUCUUUGACAACGAAUGUAACGUGCUGUGUUUUUCUUGCUUUCUCUGCGGAUGGGAGAGAGAGAAUUGCAACCGAAAAUAAGUAAAAUUGAAUUUAAGGGAAAAAAAAUGAAGCCACGCCUGAUCGAUCCUCCAGGUGCUUCGUGACCCCGUCCCCUUCUCAGGAAAGGCUGGGCCAGCAGGGCCUCGGGGGCUACAGUAAAAGCCCCAAUCGGGCCUAGGCUUAGGAAUCACGGGAGGCCUCGGAACUAGAGAAAUUACAGGACGCUGCCCAUAAAGCACCACAACCAGUUCCGUCUUCCCGUGAAUUUCGGCCC